UUUUUUUUUUUUCUUGCACUUCCUAUUUUUUCUUCCCUCCUUUCCUUUUUUUCCCCCUAUGGUGUAGUAUUUUCCUUCAAAAUAUACCCCCCACGCAUGAAGUUAUGUUCCUAUCUUUGUUGUACUUGCCAACUCAUUCCAGGGUUCCAUGGGUUGUUAGCUGUUUCUUUCUUUCACCUUGCAUAUUCUGAUGGACUCACGGUUUCUUUCGGAAGUUUCAGUGUCUACUCGGAAUGUAACCGUUUCUCUUCGACGAGCAGAGUACUCUCUCUUGUGUGUAACAUCCUUACUUCGGGAUUUCUCCUUACUUAUCUUGCCGGUCCAACCCAUCCUCACCCUCUCUCGAAAUAUGCACUUACGAACUUAGUGGCCACUUCCUACUCUCCAUGAAGUCUACGAUGGAUCCAAUUUUCAUCUCAUGGGCUUCUCCAUUCAUCCUUUUCCUCUCUGGCAUGUACCGUGGAGGGUGAGCAUGGCGAGAAAAAGACAUACAUAAGGCCCCUCUGCCUUUCCUCCACUGCCUUUGAUUCCUCUUCUCUCUAUCUCCAUCGCCAGUCACUCGAACGUCAUCCGUCUUCCAUCAAGCAAUCAAAGUCACGUCAUCAGAUACAUCGUUCCUCAGUUCCACGAAGGAUCCUUUUCUCCUACAAGUACUUUCACCUCCCCGAUACAACAUAUACCAUACGCACGCUGCACGCGUACAUUUCCGAGGCCCGUCUAAUUUACCUUCUCAUUCUGAAUCAUGUCGAGCCAAAAAAUCCCCGAUACUGUAGUUAGCGAAUCCCCCGCUGAUGAAAACACCGACAACCCCGCCGGGAACGACCACUCCGGUGAAAGUAAUCUGGUCAACGACGCCCAGUCAUCCAGUCAGAGCGACCAAUCUAAGAACGAUAACUCGAGUGAUCAAAGUUCUCAGCCCCGUAGAGGACUUCUGGAUGGGGUCAGUAUUGUAUUCUGUAGUUCCCGCGUGGGACUUAGUGGAGGAAUGAUCCCCAGAUAUUAUACCCACGCCACUCCAAACUUGUCAGCUGGCACGCCUCCAAAUGUCCAGGUCUGUCCGGGGCGUGCAGUAGUGACUCCCACCACCUCUGCCACCUCCGCCACCACCACCACAACUUCUCACGACGAGGCUACCGAAGAAGACACGCCGCAGUGACUUCACAGCCAUCUAUGAAACAUGUAGACGACGCAGAGCGCAGGGAAUCGGGGACCGGGGACCGGGAACCGGGAACUGGUUGAUGGGCAUAUGAUAUCUCUUACGUCGAUCGCCGUUUCUUUGAAUUCUGUUUUUCCUGGGGGGAUUAUCGUUCGAGGGAGAUGUGGGGAGGUGUCCGCGAACGCUCCAUCCGGCUGAGUUUUGAUUUUUUUGAAACCAUAUCUUGGGUGCCAAUAGCUCUCAUUUUUCAUUCCUUUUAUCUCUUCUCUUGACUGAGCCCAUCCAUGUGCUUCAUCCCAGCAUGUGGGUAGCAUUUUCUUGACCUAUGUCCUAACCGCGAAGGGCAAGCACUGUUCCCUACGCGUGAUGGGAUUUCGCGACUUUAGUUGACUACCAAUGAGACGCUUGUUCAUGAAUAUUUUACUUUAAUGCCUUUCCUUUCCGUACUUUCCAAUAACUAGAUGCCACUUGAAGUGAACUAGGACAUUUCCCGCCAUUUCAUUCGAAUAGACCGAUAAGGCCGCAAAAGAAAAGAGCCAAAAUGCCUAAAAACCUACUGAUGAAAGUAGAGUAAUGCUUGAGAGAUGCUUUGAACAUUGAUUGAUUGACUGUUGUCGUUCCUAAAAGCAAGAAGUCUGAUAUAAAAAUAUGUAACUGAAAGAAAUUUAAGGGGGUGAAACGUCUAAGAAUAAGUGCAAGCAUUCCACUACAGUCCAAAAACAAUAAGAUAUAAAUCACCAACCUCCCGCUAGCCAAAAAGCAUACAUGAAAUGUAUCCAGGUUAUCCAUAUUGACAGGGUAUCGAGCCAAUUUGUAGGAGGAAGAACAAUAAUCG